UUGUUAAUAGUUAUUAAAAUACAAUUUGCCAGUGCCAUUUUCAUUGCAAAACCAGAAUUUCUGAAAAAAAGAAAUUCUCACUCUGGUUCAUCUAAUGAUAGUUAACCUUGUUAGUGCUGAGAAUGGUUAUUAUUUUUCUCUCCCCACCAGGAUUUUUCUGCUUUCCAGGGUGAAAAUGGUCAAUUAUAAAGUGACUGUAUCUACUGGUUAUCUCGCUGGUGCCACCACUUUAAACAAUGUAUUUAUUAAGCUGGUGGGCACAGAUGGGGAGAGCGAACGCAAGUGGCUCAUGGGCAUCAAAGGAGCUUCAUCCUUCAUGAAAGGGAUGGUGUCUAGUUUUACCGUGUGCUGCCCUGUCUCCAUUGGAAAGCUGAUUCUGAUAGAGCUAAGCAAACAGCGCCUCCCAUUGUUCCCUGAGGACAACUGGUUCCCUGCCAAGGUGGAAGUGCAAUCCCCCGAGGGACACACCUACAACUUUCCUAUCUACCGCUGGAUCACUGACAGUGAGGUGCACCGCUUCAGAGAGGGAACAGCUCUGAGAGUCUGUGAUGACAGUCAUCAUCUUGGCAGGUACAGUCGGCAGCAAGAGCUGAGUCAACGUGAGAAAGACUAUUGCUGGGAUGUGUAUAAAGAGGGACUACCCCACUGCAUGAAGGCAGAGAGCCCUCUUUCUCUGCCUUGUGAGGUCCGCUUCUCCUUCACCAAGACCACAGAGUUCUUUUUCACAGCAGCCACAGGGCUGACUGAGCUGCAAAUUAAAGGGCUGUCUAGUUGCAAGAAGAAGUGGAAUAAUAUUGAUGCUAUCAAUCGGGUUUUCUGCAACAAACGGACUAACAUAUCAGACUACGUCCAGAAACAUUGGAAGGAGGAUGCUUUUUUCGGCUACCAGUAUCUAAAUGGUGUCAACCCCAUCUUGAUCCGACGUUGUAAAGCUCUGCCUGAUAACUUUCCUGUCACUGAUGACAUGGUCUUCCUCCGUGGGAAAUGCAGCUUGGCAAAUGAAAUGAAGAAAGGCAACAUAUUCCUGUGUGACUACAAGCAGUUGGAUGGAGUGAAAACAAACACCAUCAAUGGGAAGAAGCAGUACAUGAUGGCUCCCCUCGUCCUGCUCCACAAAACACCCGAUGAUGAGCUGAUGCCAAUUGCUAUUCAGCUGAAGCAGACUCCAGCAGAAGACAACCCCAUCUUCCUUCCUACUGAUUCUGAGUACGACUGGUUGAUGGCCAAGAUCUUUGUGAGAAGUGCAGAUUUCAACGAGCAUCAACUCAAUGUCCACCUGCUGCGCACUCAUCUGCUGGCUGAAGUGUUUGCAGUGUCACUGCUGCGCAACGUGCCCAUGGUGCAUCCACUGUACAAGCUCCUCGUGCCUCACACUCGCUACACUCUGCAGAUCAACUACUUAGCUCGAGCCUCUCUAAUAUCUAAGGCUGGAAUUUUCACACAGUUUGCAGCCUCUGGUGGAGAGGGUAUGAUAACACUCCUGAAGAGAUCAUUGUCCUCAAUGACCUACACCUCCCUCUGCAUUCCAGACGACAUCGCUGAGCGUGGGCUGGAGCAUGUGCCGAACUUCUACUACAGGGAUGAUGGACUCAAGCUUUGGGAUAUCAUCCACAGGUUUGUGCAGGGAGUACUUGGCUUCUACUACAAGAAUGACGCUGAGGUCCAGAAAGACUCUGAACUGCAGAAGUGGAUUUCGGACAUUUUUGAACAUGGAUUCCUUUCCCAGGCAUGCACAGGAAUUCCACAGAGCUUUACCACUGUGGCUGAGAUGGUCAAGUUUGUCACCAUGGUGAUCUUCACUUGCUCGGGACAGCACUCGGCUGUGAACACUGGACAGUAUGACUAUGGCGGCUGGAUGCCCAACACUCCUUUAACACUGCAGCUUCCUCCACCAACCACAAAGGGGACGACAAGCGAGGCCACGAUGCUGCAGACACUCCCUGAUAUCAACACAACAGUAAAGGGCAUGUCCACCUUGUGGCUACUCAGCAAGCAGUCCUCUGACUUUGUCGCUCUCGGCCAGUACCCAGAGGAACAUUUCAGCGAGGAGAUUCCCUGCAAGCUGAUAAGGGAUUUUCAAGGAGAGCUUGAAGUGUUCAGUGCAGUCAUCAACGUCAGAAACAAGAGUCUGGACGUCCCAUACACAUACAUGGAUCCAAAGGUGCUGGAGAAUAGUGUGGCCAUUUGAACAUUAGAAGGUGUGACCUCCUCAGCUGGUGGCCAAAUUCAGCUUCAUAUUAAAAAGAGAGAAAGGGAAGAAGUGUACUUUUAAGUGAUACCACAGGGGAGAGAAAGUACCACAAUUUAUCACUGUUUGCUGAUCUCAGAUUUUAUACAGCCCGACUGCUUUAACUGUGGUGACGAUGUACUGUGUAAACUUGUAAUCUACAUCCUAUCUACAUCUUAGUUUGCCAGUGAAUAUACAGAGCUUCUAAAGAAUACAAAUGUAAAAUACAAAAUUCGAAGAUGCUGCUUUGAGAAGUUUCUUAUAAAGAUGUGUAUAUUUUAUGUAAAGUGUCACCAUUUGCAUGUUUCUGUCCUCACUGAACAAUUUUAUUUUUUGUCUCAAAACAAGAAUGAAUGAAUCAAUUUAUACCACGUUACGGUUUAUUUUAUAAUAAAACUAUCUGAAUAAUCUAGGUAAACUGUGAAGGUUAUUUAAUUUAAUUUAAUUUAAUUUAAUUGUUAUUUUAGCAUUUAUUCAGAAUCAAUAUUUUUAAUUGACUGUGAUUGUCUCACAUUCAUUCAUUCAUUCAAUAUAGCCAGCAAUGCAUGAUGUCCAGUUCGGUGGACAAUUGUAGUUUCCUCACAACAUAAAAUGAAUACUUGGAAAAUUUGGCAACAGUAUUACUCCUUAGAUGUCACUUGAUAUGGCCAGAUUGUUUUUUACCUACCAUUGUCUCCUAAGGAUUGGCAAGAUAUUCUUGAGCUGCACAUUUCUUGCUGUUGUCGGCCAUCUUGGUUAUGAAGGCUUUGUGUUGCACUUACAACACCUGGCCAGUGGGUGGCAGUGUAUGACACGAUGCACAAGAGUCCACUCUAGUGACUCAAUUGCAACUAUAGCAUCAGAACCCAUGCAUAUACAAGAAAAUGGCUUUUAAAUAGCUGUCCACUGUAGUGACCACUAUGCAUGAAAGAGCUAGUGACUCAUCAAUAUCUGUUAAGGGCGCCAUUAGGAAUUGAUGAGAAACGAGCCUACUUGUUAAUCCUGAACAAGUAGGCUCGUUCCUCAUUAGUUCCGUCACUCAUUUCACACUUAAUUAAUCAUUAACUACUGAUUAGCUGCUUUGUGGCAUCUGAUUAGGGGUUAAUCAAAAACUGACCUAUAACUAAGUUCCUCAUUUGCUCCUAAUUAGUUCCAUCAGUUGUUUUUUGAAUACCUAAUCAUGAACUAUUGAUUAGCUGCUUCAUGACAUUUGUUUGGGAGCUACCCAAAAACUGACCAUUAACUAAGAGUUAGUUGCAAGCAAACACCAUGAAUGAUGUUUCUAAAUGUUCCUGCCUGAGAAUCCUUGAUAGAGAAUGUUGGCGAUAUGAGAGGGGCAUCCAUUUAUUUAAGCUUUGACUAGUGUGGUUGAUUCUUGUAGCUCUGACAGGUGAUAUCCAAAUAUGAUCAUAUGUAUUAUGGCAAUAAUCACUUUCUUGACGAGAGUUAGCUGAGUAGGUCAACACCACUCUAAUG